AUGAGCUCGAUUGUAUUUAGGGCUCCACUUACACAAGAGGAGUCCACUUUCUAUUCAAACCAAUUCAAGAGCUUAGAUAAGGAAAAUUUAGGUAUAGUGACAGGUGAAUCUGUCAGACCUUUAUUUGCUGGGUCUGGUUUGUCACAAAAUGUUUUGGGUCAAAUCUGGGCUUUAGUCGACAUAAACAAUAAAGGGUUUUUGAAUGAAUCUGAAUUUUUCGCUGCUUUAAGAUCUAUUGCAAUCUUACAAUCUUCUCCAACUACUCCAAUCAAUAAUGAACUAUAUCAGAUCACUCCAAGUCGUCUACCUCAAUUAAAUAUUGUUCCUACUGCUUCUACCAUUACUCCUGUUACCACUGGCACAACAACUAUCAACCCUGUUGAUUUACCCGCUCCAUCCCAUAAUGAUGUAGCACAAUUUGGUCAAUUGUUUGAUAGAUCAUCCAAUUCUCAAUCUAUUUUAUCUGGUGAUAAGGCAAAAGAUAUAUUUUUGAAAGCCAAACUACCAAACCAAACCUUAGGUGAAAUUUGGGCUCUAUGUGACAGAAAUGCAUCUGGUUCUUUAGAUAAGAGUGAAUUUAUCAUGGCCAUGCAUUUAAUUCAGUUGGUGAAAAAUAAUAACACCAAUAUGAUUCAAUUGUUAAGUAACCGUCAACCUUUACCAUCUACUAUGUGGUCUUCCAUAUCUCAGUCAUUAAAUAAUACUAUCACUGUCUCUUCCCCAAUGUCUCACCCAUUAAGUACCAACUCCACUGGUCUCUCAUCUAUUACAAACAAUUCCAAUCAAUCUCCCAUUGGCAGAACUCCAACUAUAUCCCGUUUGUCCAGUGGGGUCUUCAACAGCGCCUCAAAUGAUUGGAUUCUUUCUUCAGAAAAGAAACAGCAAUUCGAUGCAAUUUUUGAUUCCUUAGAUAAACAAAAGACUGGUUCUUUAGCUUCAGACGUUUUAGUGCCCUUUUUCCUUUCAUCCAAAUUGAAUCAAGAGACUUUGGCUACCAUUUGGGAUCUAGCAGAUAUUCAUAACAGUGCAUCUUUCACUAAAAUUGAAUUUGCUAUAGCCAUGUUUUUAAUUCAAAAGAAAAAUAAUGGGUUUGAAUUACCAGAUGUAAUCCCCAAUGAACUGCUACAUUCUCCAGCAUUAGGCUUGUAUCAAACCCAUCAAAUCCCAUCAAGAGCCACUAAACCUACUUUUGAUGAACCCACACCACAGUUUCCCACAACUGCACAAAUUCCAGUUCAAAAUUCUAACAAUGGAUCAUUGAAUGACUUAAUGGCAUUAAAUAAUUCAUUUAACUCUUCACCACCUGCACCACCAUCACACGCUACAACUACAAUAACAGGUAACCAACCUUCACGUAGCAAUACCACUAUUUCGUCCCAACCAUUGCAUCUAAAGAAAUUUACACCAACCUCCAAUUUUGGUCAAAGUAUAAUAAAGGAGGAAACAGAUAAAGUUACACCUUUACCUCAAUUCCAACCACAUCAAUUAUCCAAACAGACUCCUCCUGUUCCACCGGUUCAAAGAACUGCAUCUGUAUCACUGCCACAAGUACCAAAUUUUGCCUCUACUCUGAAUAUGCAUAGUACUGGUAGUUCUACCACUGCUAACCCUGCUAUAAAUAAUACUACAGGAGCUUCAAUGACUAAUACCUCCAAUGCGUUCCAGAAUGACGAUCUAUAUGCCGAUGCGGAUGCAUCUGCUCAAUUAUCUGCUGCCACCACAGACUUAGCCAAUUUAUCUAACCAAGUAACUUCAUUAACUACUCAAGCUUCUUUAACCAAUGAGAGAAAGGCUAGAGCUAAUAAGGAAUUACAACAUGUCACUGAAAUGAAGAAGAAUAUUGAGGUCAAAUUGGCUAAUUUACGUUCUACUCAUGAACAAAAUACUAAACAAACUGAAUUGUUAGAAUCUCAGUUAUUGGCUGCUAACAAGGAAAAGGACACUCUACAGAAUGAAUUAAACGUCGUAGAAGCAAAUUUCCAUGCUGUACAAACCAAGUUAACAGAGUUGACACAAUCUUUACAAAAUAUACAACAGGAAAAUACCCAAUUAAAAGAAAAACUUGCUGAUAUGAACAAUCAAAAUACUAUUUUGAAUCAGCAGUUACAAGAAAAACAACAACAUGUCAAACAAGAAAGAUCUGUAGCUGAUGUCAAUGCUAAACAAUUAGAAUUAAGUGAAAUUAGUGUGACCAAUUUACAAAAAGAAAUUGCUGGAUUGGAAGAAAAUUUGGCCAUUUACUUAUCUAAGCAGAAAGAAUUGAAUGAAUAUAAAGAUACUGUAGAGAAACAACAUGGUGAAUUACAAAGGAGAUAUGAAGAAUUAUCUAGCACCGAAACAGAUUUAAAUAACCGUCAAUUACAACUAGAUGAAAGAACUAAACAAAUUGAAGAACAAGAAAAACUAUAUCAUGAGCAUGUUGCCCAAUUACAAUCCAUGUUUGAAGAAUUAGCUCAAAGAAAAGAGACUUUUGAUAAAGCUAAUGAAAAGUUGAAAAGACAAAACAUUGAAUAUGCGAACCAAAUUCAACAAUUAACUGAAAGACAAAUGCAACUAGCCGUGGGUGAAAUUCCUAAAGAUGCUAAUGAAGUUAUAAAAAAAUUUGCUACAUCUGGAAAUGGCAUGGAUGUAAAUACAAGUAACACAUAUAACUCUAAAAACAUAAAUGAGAAAGAUUUGUCAUUAAAAGAAGUCGAUAAAGAAUCCACUAAUAGUUCUGUGAAUGAUGAAGAGGAUAUCAGAACUGAAAAAACAGAAAGUGAUGUCUUCGAUAAAGAUAUUCCAACUGUUGCUUCUCAAAGUGAACUUGGAGAUAUCAAUACGGAAACCAACAUUAAUGAGGAACAACUUUCUGAUAGAUUUGAAGGUAAUCUAGAUGAAUACGGCAUCCCAAGAACUCAGUCCUUUACUUCAUCAGUAGCCAAUAAUGCUCCACAAUCCGUUAGAGAUGAUGUGGAAUUACCACCAUCUUCUGGUCAAGUUGUAGAAACAGUUACUGACACUCCAAAUAUUUCUACAUCAUUAACACCAGAACAAACUGCUACUGAUAAUCGCGAAAAUACUACAGAUGUUUCCGAUAAGACUGAUUUGGAACCAAUACCUGGCCAAUGGUCUAAUGAAACUGAAAAUGUCACUGUUCCUACCAACGAACACCCUGCUCAUGUCGCCAAACAAAUUGAUCUAACCAACAUUGAAACAACCACAGCUAACGAUAAUGAUGAAUCUAAGUCAUCUAUCAUAGAAUCAUCACAGAUGGAAAGCUAUGAAAAUUUAGAAGAACAAGAAAAUAGUCAGUUAGAAAAUGCUAUCGAUGCCAUAGACAUCCCAGAUACUAAUGUUAAUGACAAAAAGAAUAUUCAUCCAAUUGACCAAGAAUUCCCACCAAUUCAAGAAUUAGAAAUCCAUGAAAGUGAUUCGAUUCCAUCAUCAUCAGAUGAUGAUGACUUCCAGGAUACUAAAGAAGCUAUUACACCACAAAAUGGUUCUUCACCUGUACAACCUGAUACAGCUGCUUUAAAGACUAUCAACGAGUCAGCAGCUGACGUUAUUCCCUCUACAAGUUCAUCAGCUCAUAAUGAUUUCGAUGACGAAUUUGCUGGCUUACAAGAAGCAGCUAUUGAAGAGGACGUUGGUGAAAAUACAAGUAACCAUAUUAAUGCUUCUGCAAGUGAACUACACAAUUUCAAUGAACGAUUUGAAAAUAUUACCAAUACCGAUUUGGAUGAAAAAUUAAAUGGUAAUACAUUUACUGGAAUAACCACAAUACCAAUUACAGUAGCACCAUCUAUCCAACCACCACAGCCACAGACUCAAGAAACCCCAACUAAUACUGAACCAGUAUUGUCUCAUGCUACAAACGAAGUCACUAAUGACGAAUGGGAUGAAAUAUUCGCUGGGUUUGGUAAUGGUAAGACAGCUCAACUUGACAACACUCAAGAAUCAACUAGCCCACAACAAGUCCCACCACAAGCUCCAAAAGGAACUGAUGUGGUUCAACCAAUACCACAACACCCUCAACCAUUAUCCAAGCCACCAAUUAAUCGUAACAUUGCUACUACACCAAAAUCCUUAGCUAUUGAAGAACUAUGUGGAAUGGGUUUCACAGAAGAAGAAGCUGUUCAUGCUUUAGAAAAAUGUAAUUGGGUUUUGGAAGAUGCCACCAACUACCUACUUGAUAGUGCUUAA